AAGUAAUUAGAUAAGUAAGAAAACUGGAAAUAAAAAAAAAACAAAAAACAGACUUUUUCCUUAGAUUAUUCAAGUUCGUAUUUCUACCAACACAGUGUGAACAUGUAAACGCAUAUAUGUACACAAGUUUCCCUGCAGUGACAAUAAUUUAUAUUUCAAAAGUGAAUCUCAUUUUUCGCGUUAAACUAGAAAAAACGAACCAUGGACUCGUGCACCGGAUUGUACACAUAACAUACGUCAUAUUCACUGGAUGAAAAAUUGUUCUUCGAAAUAAGUGUGAAAGGAGAGCAAAAAGAAGAAAAAAAAAAAAAAAUUACAACUAAAUUAGGAGAGAAACAAAAUUAAAUUACACGCGGCACGGACUCGUCGUAUAGCCCGUUCAUAUAAGUAAUAUUACACACGUACUUAACUGCAGUGGUGUUCGAAAGCAGUGGAACAAGGAGUUUAUUCGCCGUCCGACGGGAGAAGUAAAUUGAGACCCAGAGGCUUCGAAAGGCCCGAAGAUUCUGCCUUCCCAGCAGCUGGGGGCUGCGGUCGCUCCAUGGCCGGGCGCCACCGGCCUCCUAGCCUCGGUGACAGCUGACGACAUGGCUCACAAAGGACACAGCGGGGUGAACCAGCUAGGAGGAGUCUUCGUCGGAGGUCGACCUCUACCGGACUCAACGAGGCAAAAGAUUGUCGAAUUGGCGCAUUCGGGUGCAAGGCCGUGUGACAUCUCGCGGAUACUUCAAGUGAGCAACGGAUGCGUCUCAAAGAUCCUUGGCAGGUACUAUGAGACGGGCUCGAUAAGACCGCGUGCAAUCGGCGGUAGUAAACCGCGAGUGGCGACCGCUGAAGUUGUCAGCAAGAUUUCCCUCUACAAACGGGAGUGUCCCUCGAUUUUCGCGUGGGAAAUCAGGGAUCGUUUGCUCCAGGAAGGUGUCUGUACCAACGACAAUAUACCCAGCGUAUCGUCGAUCAACAGAGUUCUGAGGAAUCUCGCUGCCCAGAAGGAACAGACUCAGCAACACCAGCAGCAGCAGCAGAGCGUCGGCGUCGGGGUCGGCGUGGGUGCCGGAAGUCCCGCCGAAAGCGUCUACGACAAGCUCAGGCUACUAAACGGCCAGGCAACCGGCUGGCCGAGACCUAAUCCUUGGUACCCUUCGGGUCCCGGGAGUCCGUUUCCGUCCUUGCAGCCGAGCUUGAGUCCAAGUCACUGCUCAGCGCUGCCACCCGACACGGCGGACAUUCUACACGCGAAAAAGGUGGCGGAAUUGGAGGGCGGUGCUCACUCGGACGAGACAAACAGCGGCGGAGACAACAGCAACGCGGGGAGCAUCUCGGGGGGUGGAGAGGACGACCAGGCCCGUCUCCGACUGAAGAGGAAGCUCCAGAGGAAUCGGACGAGCUUUAGCAACGAGCAGAUCGACGCCCUCGAGAAGGAAUUCGAGCGAACUCACUACCCGGACGUCUUCGCCAGAGAACGGCUCGCCGCGAAAAUCGGUCUUCCCGAAGCUCGCAUCCAGGUGUGGUUUUCCAAUCGACGGGCAAAGUGGAGGCGCGAGGAGAAGCUGCGCACUCAACGGAGGGACAACCCGCAGCAGUCCCACACCGGAGGCGUCGGUCUGGUCAGUGGUCACCCGACGCCCCCACCCCCGCCACCCCCUCACGGACCACCCUCGCCGCCAAGGAUUCAUCACGGAUUCGCACCGACCGCCGUAUAUCCGGGGAUUCCCAGCAUGCCGGAUUCCUACAGCCCCAUGACGUCGAUGCCGAGCUUCGCGAUGUCCUCGCAGAGUCAGCAGAGCCAGCACACGGGCCCCGGGAUGACCGGCGGCGGCGGGAUGGGCCCGAUGGGCAUGAGCGUCGGUAUGACGGUGGGCCCGAGUCCCGGGGCCUGUCUUCAGCAACGAGACAACGGGUACUCGUGCGGCGUCGCCCGUCCGCCCAGCUACGAGCCCCUUCACCUGGGCUACGGGGCGAGGCCGACCUGCAGCCCUACGCAGCCCUAUCACACCGCGGGCCUGAAUCAGUACAACCAGAAUACCAGCUCGACCGGUUUGAUCUCGCCCGGAGUUAGCGUGCCGAUCGCGGUACCGGGUCAGCCGGCACCGGAUAUGGCUGCCCAGUACUGGUCGCCGAGACUUCAGUGACCGUGGUGGGCUUCGACGUCAACUUCCGGCCCUUAGACGAGACGAGGCCCCGCCCUAAUGCCACCCUGCCAUUCCUACCUCCACAUCCCUAACCCACCUGCAGAUCAGAUCGUCGAGGGACGAGAAGAAGCUCUGCUGCGAUAAUCUCGAGUUCCG